AUGACCCGUCCCGAAAAGCGCAUCCCAGAGUACAGCCACCAUUUGCAAAAACUCUCGGUCUCGCUUCCACAAGACUUCGUUCGGUUGGACGGCGAUAAAUUCACCAAGAAGUUGCAGGCCAGCAUCAAAAGCGAUGUAAAGAAAGGUGUUCUUAAAGAUCCGUUUGAGUAUGAGCUCGAUCUGAUGCGCGAGUGGUACGACCGGUGUCGCAUGUCAGUUUGCGCCGGACGCUUCGAGCCGGGUCCCAUGCGCCUGAGCAGUUACAGGGACUUGUUGGCCGCUGCGCUGCAGGUGAGGCUGAGUGAUCUACCUGCAGAUAAGGGAAAGAAAAGACCUGCCCGACGGGAACCUGCCCAGGGUGCUGGUCGAGCGGCGGCCCAAGGUGGGGGCAGAACUGCCCCAGGUGCUGGUAGGGCGGCCGGCUUCCUAACAGCCAUCUGGAACGAUCAGUAUACCGACAAUGAAAUAUUCAAUGACAUAUUUCCCUUGAGGGCGUCUGCUGUGCCUCCGCCUCCACCUCCUCCACCUCCUCCGAGAGUACAGCAGCAGGAAACAAUAGCUAGCUCUUUCAAUGAUAUUCUACCAAACAUUGUUGCUUUGGCUGAGGAUCAGAUGGGCGUUAAGUAUUUACAGAGUGUUUUAUCAAUGUGUAGUGAAGCGGAAUAUAAUGUGUCGUUGAAUGCUUUAGGUAGUGACUUAUAUCGACUGAGCUUUCACGUGUACGGCAAUCAUGUAGUACAGAAGUUAUUGGAGGUAGGUUCUACGUUGGAUCGUCGAGGUUCUAAUGGUGAGUAUUGUCGACGUAUAUUUGGUUUAUGUAUGGCUGGUCAUUGUGUGGAUCUGUCAUUGGAUAGUUACGGUUGUCGUGUACUACAGCGUGGUCUGGAUUACUUGUAUUUAAGGGACAAAUUAGAAAUGUUGAAGGAGUUGAUUUCUCGUCGUGGCUGUCGUGGUAGCGAUGGUCAUACAUUUGGCGGCCGUGGCGGCAAGGGCAGCACGCUACUGCGACUGAUUGAAGACCAAAAUGGCAACCAUGUAGUCCAGAAAAUGGUGGACCGUUUGCCCGCUAAUGAUUGCGCUAUAAUCGUCGAUGAACUAUUGGGUGGUGGCGACGUGGUCGCUAUUUCGCUACACAGCUAUGGGUGCAGGGUCAUGCAACGUGUUCUGGAACAUUGCCCCCAUUCAGUCACAUACAAAAUGCUCAAUAAGCUGCAACCUGGUAUCGAAAUCCUCAUCCGAGAUCAAUUUGGGAACUAUGUUGUCCAACACAUACUCAAAUACGGAAGGCUGUCUGACAAACAAAUUGUCGUCAAUCUAGUCGUCAACAACAUCACUUACUACUCCUGUCAUAAAUACGCUUCUAACGUCGUAGAACGAUGCCUAGAAAAAUAUGUUCCCCAACAAAUGAGAGCUUCAAUUGUCCUAGCCACUUUCACCCCCACUCCCCCUGUUGGAACUACCUCCCUCCCCAGCCGAACCCCGAGUGGGGCUCCCGGUGGACCCGUAACAGGAGCACCUUGCUAUCGUCCUGCGGGCAAAACAGGUAUGAAGACUACUAACUUCAACAAUGAAUUUAACCGCGCCUCCCAGUCGCCGGAGGCUCAGCUCCCUGAGACUCAAUCACCUGAAGCUCAAACCCGGUCAUCUAUAGACGUGUCUCCUACGGACAUGUCUCCGGCGGACGUGCCUCCCGCUCACGCGUCUCCUACGGACCUGCAUUUUGCGGGAAAGUCUUCAAUCCAAAAGGCGUCUGCCGGGGAGGUGCUCGCCGGAGUGGCUACCGAACUGAAGGUGAAGAUAGAAGGUGAGCCCGCGACUGGUGCCGUUGACGCGGCGGGGUCCAAACAGACUGUAUCGAAGUCGGCCGGUGUAAAUGUCACUCAUGUUACUGAGUCCCGUGCCAAGAGCGAGGACCAAAGCUUCUUUUCAGGAGUGGGUAAAUCCCGCAAUGGCGAAAUUUCUAACGACCAUGGUUCUAACCAGCGUGGUUGUAACGGCCAUGGUUCUAACCAGCGUGGUUGUAACGACCAUGGUUCUAACCAGCGUGGUUGUAAUGACCGUGAUUUGGGCAAGCCUCCGAUCUUGAGUAUGAUUCGUGACCCGUACGCAAAUUACGUUGUACAGAAAAUAUUGGUGUCGUAUGACGUUUUGGAUCUGAGCGAUCCCGGUAGGCGCGAGGUAUUUAACAAGCUGCAGAAGCAUGUGCCCGCGUUGAAGAAGUUCACUUACGGCAAACAUAUCGUUGAAGGUAUUGAAAGGCUCAAGAAGCAAAUUGCCGAAAUGCCGCCGCCAGCCAUUGAUCCUGGUCUUACUGUUGUCAGCCAAUGA